AACAUUCGGUCCCUUUGGUGAUUUAAUCUCGUCAGCUGAUGUUAAAUGUCAUCGUCAUCUUCCUAUGGUUUAAAUGACGAUUAACAGUAUUAGUCCUUAAUUCACAACAAUCAGUUAAAUUUGAUGUUUUAAAUUGUGGCAAUGACCUCACGAGAUGAUGAAUUUCUGGAAACCGAUAAUCGUUUCCGAACGGAUAGAUUAGCUGAAAAAGUAUCACAAUUGAAAAGUUUUGCUGUUGAUAUUGAACAAGAAACAAAAGAACAUAAUCGGCUAUUAGAUGAUGUUAAUGAUGAUUUCGUUGGCCUACUUGGAAACGUUAUUGGUGGUAAAAACAAGAUAAACCGACUAUUGAACUCAGGAAGAAACAAUAGACGUUUCCUUUGUUAUCUUUCAUUAGGAUUAACCACUUUCCUCAUAUUUUCAUACUAUUUAAUUGCUCGAUCCAUGAGCUCUUAUUAAUAAGGUUGUAAAUUCAUCUCAUCUUUUUCAAGUCUCCCUCAUAUAUUUUUGAUUAAUGAGCGCUUCACACUUGCCCUUAAUUCUAUCAUUUCGCUCACUAUAUCAUCAACAUCAUCAUCAUCAUCAUCUAACUAUUAAUAUUAUAAAUACUUCUUCUAAUCUAUCUUUCAAUCUUCUCAUCCUAAUCCAUCCAAAGUGACUUUAUGUUUACUGUAAAAAUCUUGAUAAUUAACCCGAUAGCUAUUCUUUAGGAUGAAUCCUUUAUGCAAUAAUAAUAAUGCAUUGAUCAAUC